GCUUUGACUUUUGAUGAUCAUUUCAUUUAUUCAUUUCCUAACACCCCACCCAAAAUACCAUUCAACCCACCUCCCAAUUUUUCAAUUUGAUCACCCUUUCUCUCUACCAUUGCUAGGGUUUUAUACCUCAAUUGAUUAUGGAAGAUGGUCUAAGCUUCGAUUUUGAAGGUGGUUUAGAAAAAACAGAGCCAACCCAACCAACUGCAUCCAGACCAACAAUUCACCAAUCCACUGAUCCAAAUAUCAAUAAUAAUAAUAAUAAUAAUAAUAAUGCAUCAUCAACUUCUGCAACAACCAUCAAUUCAAUUUCUGGUGAUCCUGCAAAGUUCUCUGGUGGAAAAAGCUACCGAAAGACGGUGUGCAGGCACUGGCUCCGUGGACUUUGUAUGAAAGGUGAGGGAUGUGGGUUCCUUCAUCAGUAUGAUAAAUCAAGAAUGCCUAUUUGUCGGUUUUUCCAAUUGUAUGGAGAGUGUAGAGAACAAGAUUGUCUUUAUAAACACACCCUUGAAGAUAUUAAGGAGUGUCACAUGUACAAGCUUGGGUUUUGUCCAAAUGGGCCUGAUUGUCGAUAUAGACACGCGAAAUUACCAGGACCUCCUCCUCCGGUGCAAGAAGUACUUCAGAAGAUUCAGAAAUUAACUUCCCACAGUUAUGGGAAUUCUAGUCAGUUUUUCCGAAACCGUAAAGCUAAUAACUCUCGGCAAUUAGAAAAAUCUCAAAUUUUACAAGGUGGUGCAAUGGAUUUUGGUGCAAGGCAGCCUGUGCCCCUGCCACAUCAGCAGCAGCAGGAGCAGGUUCCACAAUUCCAACAAUAGGUUAGCCAGAUAUCUUGCGUCCAACUACAUAAAUGGUAAACAAAUCAAGAACACAUAAAUUUAGCGCCCCUGCCUCAAGGAACCUCUAGGUGUGUUCAUAGAUCUAUAAUCAUAUUCAGAUAUUUAAUCAUACUUGAUACCAUGACUCCAGAGUUAACAGUUUUCAUUUGCACACAGCUCAUAUUUUUAGUCUGAUCACAGCUAAUGUGUAAUUUUUUCUUGAAUUCAGUGUUUAUUACAUUUAUAUGCCAUUAGCAAUUUAGCGAGUCUGAUUAGAUUUCAAA